AUGGCUGGGACAUAUGGCUACGUAGAUUAUUUGAACGACACUCGUUGUUUCAUAGAUCAAUCGGUUCUCGCCUACCCUUCGAUUGAUUACUCGCCAUGCACAUGGACCCAGGGCAUGGUCAACUUUCUGAACUUGACGGGAAGCGGUGGAGGCAACUCUAACUAUAUUGGCGCAUACUGCUUGAACCCGCCUUCAGACGACGACUGCCCUUACGGGUACUGUUCCCAGUCUGAUAUCGCAGGACCAUUAGUGCGCAUUGGCGCGUACCUCAGUAACUUGUUUCUAUCUCUCCUGAUAUUCUACUCUCCGGAUUUCGACGAUAUCCGCGAGUCAUUCCAGGCCCAGAUCCUUACAAUCUACUCGUUGCUGUUCGCCACCAGCAUAGCGAUAUUCAAGGAGCAGCUUACAAAAUUCCAUGCAGUCCUGUCAAGCAUCAUUGUGGGCUCGCCUGUGACGCUCUACCUCUGGGUCUAUGCCACCCUCUCGCUUUUUGGAAAGCGUCAUCGCUUGUCCGGGACACUUGGUCCCGCUCCGCGGGAGGAGAAACGACGUGGUCGUCACUUACUCUCGAAGAUCCUCGUCCUCGGCGCCUUCGUCAUGUGGCUGGCGCUCGUCAUCUUCAUCUUCACAGCUCCGUCCCAUCGAUUCUCGCAGCCGAACUGCGACGUCUAUCGCAGUGACAUCCUCAUCGAGAAGUUCUACGCCGCCGGUGGCGUGAUCUUGGUCCAAUUGGCGAAGAUAUCCAAGGCCAUGGGUUCGGUGUUCUCUCUCCCGCUGUUGCUCACCAUCGUCGCUUGGAUAGUGGUGAUAGUAGCGCGCAGGAAGGAAAUAUGGAAAGAUGGCUACUCCUGGCACUUUUGGCAGGUCUGGCAUUUCGUCAGAGAUCGGUACCCGUUCAUUCAUUUCACUUCCGUCAUCGCGCUCCCCUUUGUUUACUGGGUGCUUACGGUGGAACUCGGCCUCCUCGGUACUCAAGACAACGCAGGAUGGAAUGUCUCCUUCGGUCAGCUUCUGGCACUAUUCAUCGUAGUGCAACCGGCGCUCUCUGUCCUCCCCUUGUUCAAGAAGCUCGGUCCUUGGUUCAUGGACCUCACCUGGGUGCGAAAGUGCUUCUGCUGCGGCAGCCGCCGACAAUCUCGACGGGCACGCGCGCAGAUCGGCCGGGUUCCCGAUCUCGGAGAGCUGGUCCAAAGCGAGAAGAUCGAUGUCCCGCUGGAUUUCGGAGGGAGAAACGGCAGCGAUCUGACGUUGCACAUUGCUUAUGGCGACGGAUUUUCCAAGGUCUAG